UGGGACAAAAAAUUAUAGAAUUAAAAUUUUUGAAUUUAUUUUAAUAAGUAUAGCUCUUCUCAGUGACUUUUUCGAACGAAAUUUAUCGAAAUGCAGAACGGUAUUUGCUCGAAACACUAUAGUAAGAAAUACUAGCAACAUAAGAAUAUAAACAGAGUAGAAUCAAGAAUAAUAUAACAAUCAACCUGCACAUCUUUCUUUAAUUUGCGGAAUAUAACAUUCAUCAACGAAACAAAGUUUCAACCAUGUCAAAUCAAGCCGACGUGAUAGCGUCGCGUCGCUCACAAUAAGUACACAAAACUCAAGUUUCAUGAUAGAAAGCCUCUCUCUCUUUUUUUAAAUAAACUGCACGGAUAUGUACUGUAUAUGAUCAUUGCUAUAAAUAAGUUAUUUUUCUUUCCCCCUCUUAUCAAUUUCGUCACUUAUCAUUCGCUCUACUUCGACGCUUAUUCACGCGUCAUUCGCGCAGUCUUACAUCGAAAUCUGUUGGAGAAAUAUUAUUGUAUAAAAGUUCUCUUAAUUCUAUAUUAGAACUAUAAAAGCUAACAAGAUUGCGCGAACUUUUUUUACAUAAUUAUACGAUAAAAAAAAAAUUAACUUUAUGAGAUGUACUAAAAUAUAUGUUUGAAAGUUUUAACGUGAAGAUGUCAUUUGACGAAAACGGUUUGAAUUGUUGCAAGAAGAAAAAGAAUAAAAAUAGUAUUACGGAAGUAUAUCAACUGCCGGCUUUUUCUAGUCGAAAAGAUGCUGAUUUCGAUACAAACAGCGUCGUGCAUCUCAUUGUACACUUAACUUCCAUCAUUACUUCAUCACUAAACAUUACACUUUAUCCCGUCAAAAAUGCUUCAUUCGCAGUGCAUUCACUUGAUUUGUCUCUGGUCGAUGCUAUAAAGAAGAAGGACUUUCAUUUUUUCAAAGAAAUCAUUGAAGAUAUCUUGAAAAAACAGCCGUCUAAUUCAGAGUACGUCAAUCCUAUCAACUACGUCAAUUCUUUCUCUGGAGAUACGUAUCUUGACAUAGUUAGUAGAAAUGGUCUAACAGAGUUCACGGUAUAUCUAUUGCACAAGGGAGCGGAAAUCAACAGGGUGAACGCGAUACACAAUCGCGGUCCUAUCCACUUUGCCACCGAAAGCGGACACGUGGCCACGUUGACAGUUUUGCUAGAACAUCCGAUGAUAAAUCCGAAUCUCGAAGCGAGGCAAGAGACCGCCUUACAUAUCGCAGUGGGAAAAGAUGACUUGACGUGCGCUGGUCUGUUGCUGGAGAAAGGUGCCAGCGCAAGCAUUCCGAAUAGCAAGGGGUUGACGGCCCUUCGUUUGGCGGCGAUGAAAGGCCAGCGCAAUAUGGUGGAACUGAUACUAGAGAAAAACCAACAGUAUCUCGACAUUGACACUUCCGAAGAUGACUACGAAGAGACGACGCGAGAAGUGAUGCGACGAAAUCUACCGGAUCUAUCGUUGCCACCCAAAUAUUUUAAAGUGAAUGUGUACGAAUUUGAAUACUAUUUAAUCAAAAAAGACGAGACAGAUUUCCUGAUAAGGAUGGAACUUUUCGAGACAGAGGCUCUUCAUAGUGUAGUGGAAGAGUUAUUGAAGAUGACUGUGCAAUACAAUCGUCACAAAGCUAUGAUUGGAAUCUUAGAAAAAUUCAAGGGGAGACGAUUUAACGUGAAAGCCGCAGAAAUGGCCACUCUGCUAGGUCGUCCAACUAUUCUUCAGAAAUUGUUGCCCGAAAUAGAGCCCGAGAUGGCGAACAACUUGAUUCUGAUCGUUUGUCGACAGCUAGGAACACCCGGAAAAGUCCGCAACAUGUCUGAUCUACUAGAGUGUCUAAAGUUGAUUUUCGAACAAAAAAAGAUUAAUGUUCGUUAUAUGGACGACCUAGGUAACACGCCGUUGUAUUACGCAAGUCAGGCAAACUGUCACGAAGUGGUGGCUUUAUUGCUCGGGCAAGGCAGUUAUCUUGGUGACGUAUUUAAGGUAUCGUACGUAUAUCCCAAUAUACUGACAAAUUGCCGUUAACGCAUGUAAAGCAAUAUUUAUUACGAGAAACAUCUGUUACAGUAGUUCUCAAGACAGUUAUAUCGGAAAAAAUC